AAAUUUUUUUGAUAAUUUUUCCUUAUAUCUCUUUUAUAUAACUUAUUUAAAAAUGGCCAAGGAGAAGAUCACAAAGAAGCAAGGUGCCAGAAAGGUCUCUGCUUAUAACACUUUCAUCAAGACUGAAAUCGCUAAGGUUAAGAAGGCUAACCCCACUAUGGCUCAUAAGGAUGUUUUCAAGAAGGCUGCUAGCAAUUGGGCUACCGCUGCCGAAAACCCCAAGAAGAAGAAGUAAAUUUUCCCCUCCAUCUUGAUUUUCCACUCACACACAAAAAAAAACACAAUAAAUUUCAUGGCGAAAUCCAAACAAAAACAAAAAAAAUUAUCAUGAAUACCCUACCCCAUCAAGUAUCUUUUUUUUUUUUAUGUAAAA